AUGGUGGAAGCCAACUACUUGCCAAAAGAGGAUAAAAUCGUCUGCCUAACCCACAGCUUAGAAAAAUGCACAGAUUGCAAAGUAGAUUGGACAGCCCAAAACAAAUUGGCCUCAUCGGUCAAACUCUUGAAAGGUCACGAUUUACCCAAGCCAAAUCAACCCAUUCCAUCCGUCAAUCCUCAAGUUAAUCAGCUCAAGAUGGAGGGCAACCGUGCUUACAAAGAAUCAAAAUACGAAGAAGCAAUCAAGUAUUAUGGCUUAGCAGUACAGGUUUCUUGGAGCCGACCUUUAUGGGAGCCCUUAGCCUUCCAGUUCGUCAGAGAAGAAGUUGCCACUAUUCUAAGUAAUCGAUCAGCUGCUCAUGCGGCCAUGAAUAAUUAUGUAGAGGCGUUAGUAGAUGCUCAAAUAGUAACACGGUUGAAGAAGGAUUGGAGCAAAGGAUGGUUUAGAAACGGAAAGGCGUUAUUGGGUUUGCACAGAUAUGAAGAAGCUAUCAAAGCUUUUCAGACUGGAUUGACCUAUGAAAGUCAAAGUGAGGAUUUGUUGAAUGCUAUUAAAGAAGCUCAAAUUGCGUUGAAAGCUUAG